CUAUUCGAGUAGUGAGCAUAAACUUUAUUCCCGCCCGCUAAGUGAAGUUAGAAAGUUCAACACAAAAAGCGGCGUAAAGAAUGGGGUUGCGCGCAUGCGCAGCUGUAGCUGAGAGUCUCCUUUUGGCGCCGCAGGGCAGUAAGAGUCCGUAAGAAAUUUCCCGACGGCGCGGAAGAUGCGCGCCACUUCCGGUACGGCUCCUAACAACGGGGGAGGCUAGUAACUAGGGUGGGGGGGAUGGCGGAGCGGGUGCCGGAGCCCGAGGCGGAGGCGGAGGCGGAGGCUGAGUUGGACGCAGGCGGGGAGGCGGCGGCCGAGGAGGGCGCGGCGAGUCGCAAGGCGCGGGGCCGGCCGCGGCUCACGGAGUCAGACCGGGCCCGGCGGCGGCUCGAGUCCCGGAAGAAGUACGACGUGCGGCGCGUGUAUCUGGGCGAGGCGCACGGGCCCUGGGUGGACCUGCGGCGCCGCAGCGGCUGGAGCGACGCCAAGCUCGCCGCCUACCUCAUCUCGCUGGAGCGCGGCCAGCGUAGCGGCCGCCACGGGAAGCCUUGGGAACAGGUCCCCAAAAAACCAAAGCAUAAGAAAAGACGGCGCCGCAACGUGAACUGCCUAAAGAACGUGGUCAUCUGGUACGAGGACCACAAGCAUCGCUGCCCCUACGAGCCGCACCUGGCUGAGCUGGACCCCACUUUUGGCCUGUACACUACAGCCGUGUGGCAGUGCGAGGCCGGCCACCGCUACUUCCAGGAUCUGCACUCACCCCUGAAGCCCCUCAGUGACUCAGACCCCGACAGUGACAAAGUAGCCAAUGGCCUGGUGGUUGGUAGCUCUGACACCUCCAGCUCCAGCUCUGGCUCUGACUCUGAGGAGCCCUCCGAGAGCCACUCAGUCAAGGGCACCCCAGCAGUGACAGCAGCAGCAGUGGCAGCAGCGGUGCCUCCCCCCAGCCCCAUGGGGAGCAGUGGGCUCAUCACACAGGAGGGCGUGCAUAUCCCCUUUGACGUCCACCAUGUGGAGAACCUGGCCGAGCAGGGUGCCCCACUGUGCUCCAACCCCGCAGCCAGUGGCCCUGAAGCCCUGGAGACAGUGGUGUGUGUGCCAGUGCCAGUACAAGUGGGUGCAGGCACUGGCACCCUCUUUGAGAAUGUCCCCCAGGAGGCACUUGGGGAGGUGGUGGCCAGCUGCCCCGUGCCAGGUAUGGUGCCUGGCUCACAGGUGAUUAUCAUCGCGGGUCCUGGCUACGAUGCCCUCACGGCAGAGGGCAUCCACCUCAAUGUGGCCGCGGGCAGUGGCACCCCCAGCGGCAGCCUGGGUGAGGAGGUGCCCUGCACCAUGAUGGAGGGCGUAGCAGCCUACACCCAGACGGAGCCCCAGGGCAGCCAGCCCAGCGCUCUGGACCCCACCUCCGUGGCCAGCAUGGAGACCAAGAAAGAGAAGGAGGACCUGUACACACUCAAAACAGAGGAGAAGGAGGAGCUGGUGGCCCCACAGCUGGCGGAGCUGGCAACAACAGUGCCUGAGAGUGCAGAGCCCGAGCCCGAGGCUGACGGCGAGGAGCUGGACGGCAGCGAUAUGUCUGCCAUCAUCUAUGAGAUCCCCAAGGAGCCCGAGAAGAGACGGCGGAGCAAGCGGUCUCGAGUUAUGGAUGCCGACGGCCUGCUUGAGAUGUUCCACUGUCCCUACGAGGGCUGCAGCCAGGUGUAUGUGGCCCUCAGCAGCUUCCAGAACCACGUCAACCUUGUGCACCGGAAAGGGAAGACCAAAGUGUGCCCUCACCCUGGCUGCGGGAAGAAGUUCUAUCUAUCCAACCACCUGCGGCGACACAUGAUCAUCCACUCAGGUGUGCGUGAGUUCACCUGCGAAACCUGCGGCAAGUCCUUCAAGAGGAAGAACCACCUAGAAGUGCACCGGCGCACGCACACGGGGGAGACCCCGCUGCAGUGCGAGAUCUGCGGCUAUCAGUGCCGGCAGCGGGCAUCCCUGAACUGGCACAUGAAGAAGCACACGGCUGAGGUACAGUACAAUUUCACGUGCGAGCGCUGCGGGAAGCGCUUUGAGAAGCUGGACAGUGUCAAGUUCCACACGCUCAAGAGCCACCCAGACCACAAGCCCACCUGACCCCCCUGGCCGCUGAUCAUCACCCCUAAUUUAUUCGUCCACUUGGACACCGUACCCGGACCCUCGAGGGCCUGGACAACUGCGGGGACCACCCACACGGACGCUGUGAAGGAGGCAGCGCUGCCUGUCCUGGCCCAGAGCCAGCAUCCCUGGGCGCCCCCACCCUGCCAUUGCCUAGUGUUGGAGCUGGCUCCUGGGCCGUGCUGCUAGAACUGUGGAGAGCAGAGCAAGAUUAAAGCACGA